AAGAUUAUUUGAAUAAGAUUCGUGCUAAGGAAAAUGAACUAAUUAGUAUGCAAGAAAUUCAACAUCAAACUGUUAUUGAAAACGGCGUGGGAGAUAAAGAGAAUAUUGAUCCUUUAUUUAUGAAUCCUCAUAAAGCUGUAGUAAAAGGAAGGCCACGAAAAGCAGGUCACCGUGCUAAAACUGUCACAAAUUCAAUAUCAGAAAGCACAAGAAAGCGUGGACAAUAUGUUUGUAGAUUCUGCAAAAAUCUGGGUCAUAAUAUUUCAACUUGUCCACACAAAACGUAG